UUCCGUCGUUUCUGUCAUUCCGGUUGCGAUCGAGUGCCGCCCAUGCGGAGGAGGAGGUCACAUCCCAUAACAAACUCUCACCCUGGUCGGAAAUUCACCUGUCAGAGUCCCUCAUGCUGCUGGUUCGGCGUUCGGCAGUAGGUUUCGGCGGGGUGGCUCGAUGGGGACUCCGCUGUCUGUGCUCCGGAGACGCUGCGGGCCGGUACCGGGACACCGUGUUGCUGCCCCGCACUGACUUCCCCAUGAAAGUGAACGGGCCAAACCUUCUAGAACGAGAGAUCGAGAUCCAGCAGAAAUGUGGUUUUGACCAGCUGUACACAUGGCAGAGAGAGAAAAAAGCUAAGAAGGUGUACUGCCUUCAUGAUGGACCACCGUAUGCCAACGGGGACCCUCAUGUUGGGCACGCUCUCAAUAAGAUCCUCAAAGACAUCCGGAACCGUUUUGAAGUGCUAAAAGGCAGGCUGGUGCACUAUGUGCCCGGCUGGGACUGCCAUGGGCUGCCCAUUGAGCUCAAAGCACUGGGAGACCUGGGAACCAGUGGGCUGACUCCUCUACAGAUCAGACAGAAAGCCCGGGAGUUUGCAGAGAGGGCCAUCUCUCGGCAGCGUGCUGCGUUCCAGCGCUGGGGCGUGAUGGCCGACUGGGACAAUUGUUAUUAUACUUUUGAUGGGAAAUAUGAAGCGGCCCAGCUUAAAGUCUUCCUGGAGAUGCACAACAAGGGGUUAAUUUAUCAGGACUAUAAGCCUGUUUUCUGGUCACCAUCAUCCAGGACUGCACUUGCAGAAGCUGAGCUGGAGUAUUGUCCAGAACACGUGAGCCGUGCUCUGUACGUCACUUUCCCCCUGCUCACCCUGCCAGCCAAACUCGCUUCCAUAGCAGAAAGUUGGGGUCGUGUGUCUGUUUUGAUAUGGACGACCCAGCCAUGGACUAUUCCAGCCAAUCAGGCAGUGUGUUACAUGCCCAAAGUACAGUACUCUGUAGUGAAGCGAGCUGAUAAUGAGCAGCUACUCCUAGUGGCAACCGAGCGCAUGAACAACCUCGCCUCUAUACUGGGGACAAAUCUGGAGAGUUUGGCUACGUUCGCAGGGUCAGAUCUUGAAGGUGGAGUUUGUCAGCAUCCCACAAUUCCUUCAAAAGAAGUGCCUUUGUUGCCGGCUAAUCAUGUGACCUUGACUAAGGGAACUGGAUUGGUCCACACUGCUCCUGCUCAUGGCAUGGAGGACUACAGUGUUGCAACACACUUUAAUCUGCCAGUAGAGUGCAUGGUGGAUGAAGAAGGCAGGUUUACAGAACUUGCUGGGGCUGAACUGCAGAAUAAAUCCGUAAUGACUGAAGGCAAUGCCACAGUAAUCUCAAUGUUGCAGGCAGCGGGAGCAGUUUUGAAGGAGGAGGACUGUGUCCACAGUUACCCGUAUGACUGGAGGACCAAACAGCCAGUCAUUACCAGAGCCAGUAAACAGUGGUUUAUCAACACAGGCAGCCUCAAAGACAAAGCUAAGGACGCCCUCCAGAAGGUGCGUGUGAUACCUGAAUCGGCUAGGUCCAGUUUGUUGGCGAUGUUGGACAGAAGAACAUACUGGUGUAUAUCUCGGCAGAGGAGCUGGGGCGUCCCCAUCCCAGUGUUCUACCACAAAGAGACCGGAGAGCCACUCUUAAACAAACAUUCAGUUACACACAUCGCUAACGUUUUCUCUGAGAAGGGAAGUGACAGCUGGUGGGCGGAGCCAGUGGAGACAUUUCUGACUCCAGAGGUUCUUCGGAAGAGUAAAGCAAGUGCACUAUCUGAUUAUGUGCGGGGUGAAGAUGUCCUGGAUAUCUGGUUUGACAGUGGUGUCUCAUGGGCCGCUGUACUACAGGAAUCAGACCCGCGUGCAGACUCGUAUGUGGAGGGGAAAGAUCAAAUCGGCGGUUGGUUUCAGUCGUCGCUCCUCACCAGUGUAGCUGUACGAAAUAAAGCCCCUUACAAAACUCUAGUGGUCCAUGGAUUUGCUGUGAGCGAGAGAGGAGAAAAAAUGUCCAAGUCUAUAGGCAACGUGGUCGACCCAGAUGUUGUUAUUAAUGGAGGGAAGGAUUUGUCUGUCUGUCCUCCAUAUGGUGCUGAUGUUUUGAGAUGGUGGGUUGCAGAGUCGAACGUGUUUUCUGAGGUUCAGAUCGGACCGAACACACUGAACGCUGCUAAAGACAGCAUCAACAAGCUGAGGAACACACUGAAGUUUCUCUUGGGGAAUCUCCAAGGAUUUGAUCCUCGUUCCCAGGCUGUGGACACUAAACAAAUGCACUACGUAGAUCAGUACAUGCUACACCUGCUCAGAGAGUUCAGCAUGAAGGUAACUGAUGCCUACAACGAGUUUGACAGCGGCCGCGUCAUCCGCCUGCUGCAAUCCUUUGUCACUAGAGAAUUAUCCAACUUCUAUUUCAGCAUCAUUAAAGAUCGGCUUUAUUGUGACCCUGAGGACUCCCUUGGUCGGAGGUCGUGUCAAACAGUUCUAGAAGAGAUUCUGGAUGGAGUGAGUCGCUCUAUCGCUCCUGUCCUCCCUCACCUCGCUGAGGAGGUGUACCUGCACUCUCCUGGACAUGAUGAGGGGGACACUUUGUUUCGUAGUGGCUGGAUUAAGACCGAUUCUGUGUGGCGGAAACCAGGACUGGAGGAAGCAGUAGAGGGCGCAUGUGCUAUCAGAGAUUCCUUCCUGUCGUCUAUUCCGGGACGUAACGCUGCUGAGUAUGACCUCAUCAUUGCCAUUGAACCCGGCCUGUUCUUUGAAAUCAUGGAGUCUCUUCAAGAGGAGCCCACUUCCACCUGCUCUCAGCUGACAGAGCUCAUGAUGGCCUCACGCACGACGCUGACAAACUCCCUCCCGCGGGAUUUGUCAUCGGAUUCUGUCACAAGCAAUGGAAAGUUCCUCAUCAAUCUGGAAGGGGGAAUGAUUCGUGAAGAGAGUUCAUACAGCGUAGCCGCGAUGCCCACCUCUCUCUCACGCUGUCCGAGAUGUCGGCGAUACACAGCAGAUGAGGCAGACUGCCUCUGCCCACGAUGCCAAACCGUGCUGGAAAAUACCAAGUAAUCACCCUGACUGUUGCCAUGACUACUGCCCACCCACUUGCCCUCCUCCUCCUUUGUUGAAAAAGGCUACAAGGGCUACCAUGGACCAGUAUGAAGCUGCUAUUGUAACAGACAGAAAGUUGUCUGAAGUUGUGGGAGGGGGGUAGCAUGAUACUCAGGGGUCGGACAGGAGACAAACUGUUAUAAAAGAAUAAAGCAAAAAUUUAGAAGGAAACCAAACAGGAAAUUCUCAACUGAGAAAACGUAUACAAAAUCCCAUUUCAGAUCAUGCUUACAAUAUAAGCUCUGACCUGGGAUCUGUGUUAAGUUGACAAAUUUAACAGUGCAGUUCUCUGCUACAGGUUUAAGCCAACUUAUUGUCAGUACGUUGAAAAGAGCGUUUGUAUAUGUCAAUUUGAGCUUGUGUGAGGUGGAAGGAAGGUUUGGUUGAACACGUUUAACUGUACUUUCUGUAUAUUCAAGUCAUUAGGGGGUAUAUUUUAUUGUGACAUUUUGCAUUGAAGAUGUACUUAACAUGCAGAAGCAAUUUGUGAAACCAUUCUUUGUGACGUCAAUUGAAUGUGGCAGUUUUAUCAAAGAGUGGCUUUACAAAAUGUAGACAUUCAUUCUGCUAUUUUCAUAAAUGAGGCUCUGUGCGAGGAGAGUUUUUCAAUUUUAGUUUCUCUGUUUACCUGUAAAUUAUGCUUCAUGACAUGAGUUUUAUUGCUAUGCCAAUAAACAAUGCAUACAGAAAAAA